AUGGGAGCUGAAGUUUGCCAGAGUGUUUCUAAAAGACUCAACCCAGAUACAGAAGAGAAGGGCCAGGGUGGGAGAACCUCUUCACAGAAGAGAAGGGCCAGGGUGAGGAACCUCUUCACAGAAGAGAAGGGCCAGGAAGAGAAGGGCCAGGUGAGGAACCUCUUCACAGAAGAGAAGGGCCAGGUGAGGAACCUCUUCACAGAAGAGAAGGGCCAGGUGAGGAACCUCUUCACAGAAGAGAAGGGCCAGGUGGGGAACCUCUUCACAGAAGAGAAAGGCCAGGGUUCUCAGAGGCGGAGGCUCAUUCCGGCAUUGUCCCUCGAUACUCCCUCACCUGUGAGAAAAACUACCAGCAGCACAGGGGUCCGCUGGGUGGACGGCCCCCUGAGGAGCACCCAGAGGGGGCUUGGGGAACCUUUUGAGAUUAAAGUCUAUGAAAUUGAUGAUGUGGAGCGCCUGCAGCGACGAAGAGGAGGCACCAGCAAGGAGGUCAUGUGUUUCAACGCCAAGCUGAAAAUCCUGGAGCAUCGGCAGCAGAGAAUCGCUGAGGUCCGAGCCAAGUAUGAGUGGCUGAUGAAAGAGCUGGAAGCGACCAAACAGUACCUCAUGCUGGACCCCAACAAGUGGCUGCGUGAAUGUAAGGCCCACUGA